AUGGCGGCUGAUGCAGACGAGAGUCAAUAUUUUGUGAGAGAAAUUGAGAGAAACGACGGUUGUGCCUUGAAAGUGAAGCAGUGCUACUUGGGAGAUGUUGGCUGUGUGGUUUGGGAUGCAGCUAUAGUUCUGGCGAAAUAUUUAGAGACGAGACAGUUUUAUGAGCCGUCCUCAGGAGUGAACGUCUGGUCGGGCAGCACAGUGCUGGAGUUGGGAGCUGGGACAGGAGCAGUGGGUCUGAUGGCUGCAACACUAGGAGCACAAGUUACAGUGACAGACCUGGAAGACUUGCAGACCCUUCUGAGGGUGAACAUCCAAGAUAACCAGGCACUUAUCGGCCGUGGAUCCAUAACUGCCAAGGUACUGAAAUGGGGUGAGGAUGUGUCUGAGUUCUUGCCUCCCCCACGUUAUGUCCUCAUGGCAGAUUGCAUCUAUUAUGAGCAGUCAAUUGUUCCACUGGUGGAGAGCUUGAAGCUGCUUUGUGGACCAGAAACCUGCAUUAUCUGCUGCUAUGAGCAGCGCACUGAGGGUGUCAACCCAGAAGUGGAAAGGCGUUUUUUUGAGUUGCUGCAACAAAACUUCAACUGUGAGAGGAUCCCUUCAGACAAACAGGACUCGGAGUUUAGCAGUCCAGACAUCCACAUUCUGCACAUCAAAAGAAAAGCAUUAUAGUUUGUGGUGAAAAUUUCUUUUCAGUGUACAUCCCAGUACCACAUGAAAAUCGGAUUGUGAAAUAGAAAGUUGAAAGCCUGUGUAAAGUAUUCAUUGUCAUUUGUAUUUUUAAAGGGAAGUAUUUUCUAAUGUGGAAAUAAAUAUAUCACUGAUA